AUGGCGGAGUCAAUGGCAGGCAGGCGGAGGUUUAUGGAGAUGAUGGAGUUCGACGGGCGGAAGUCGUGCGAGUUGCGAUGGAGCUGCUGGAUGGCAAAAGGCGAGGCGAGGCGAGGAAACAGAUCUGGUGGAGGUCGACGGUGGAAGCCGACGGCGACGAAGCUGCUAGUUUUCCUUCUCGCCUUUCCCUUGCAAACUCUAAGUGGCCAGAAAUUAUUGGGAAUGUCAGUCGACAGGGAAUGCCGAAUGGAGUUCAGUUAG